AGUUCAGUCUGCCUAGCUGCCGCAGGGCCAGCGCCUGCACUGGCAGAUUCUGCAUACUGUGACAACGAACACAAGAGAAAAAGAGCAGAGAAAAAGGACCCUCUGUUCGUCACCAUGAUGAAGAGUGUGAUUGCUGCAUCUAAAGAGGCGUUUUAUGUUUGGCAGGAUCGUGUGGAUAAGAAACUCACUGCUCUUGAAAUCAACCAGGUUUCCAAGACAAGAAAGGAAGGUCGAGAGAGGGUUUUUCACAUCGAUGAGAGUCCAAGCGGAACAUCGGAUGGGACACUGAACUUUGCCAAAGCCUUCACAGCCACCACAGAUCUGAUCUUCUGCAUCACAGCUUCAGACAGGAUGCUUAUAGUGGGCUGUGGGUCUGGGCUCUUACAGAGAUACAGUCUGUCCAACAUCAGCCUCCUGCAGAAAUAUUCCCUUACGUCCAGACGGUAUCAGCUGUCCCUCAAUUGUAACUCCAGCCGGCUGACUAUUAUAGACAUCAUGGGUAUGUUGACAUUUAUGGACGUAGAGACGCGGGCUUCGUCAGGGGAUGCAAAGGGUGGGUCGACAGCUGGAGACCCAUCUGCAUUUGAGCGCAAGGAUGUCUGGGAUAUGAAGUGGGCUAAUGACAACCCAGAUCUGUUCUCUGUGAUAUGAAAACAAGAAUAUAUGUCUUCAGAAACCUGAACCCUGAGGCUGGGGGGCAAGUUACCCACCAGUAUAGUGACUGGAAGAAUGAUAUCGGAGUUCCAGUUCUGGAUGUGCAGUGAGCAGGAGAUCUUCUGUCCUCUCUGUCACUCCCCAGUAUGAUAGAUUUUUCCCUUCUCCUUUCUAAACUCAGCUCAUGCUCCAUCAAAUGUUAGUCUUUAUUUGGCACAGUCAUAUUUGGAUGUUCAAGCAAAUAAGCUUCAGAGCUGCAAAUACCAGGACAGCAGGCACAAGAACAUUUUCUUCCCCCAGGCAAUUUACCUCAUGAACAGUUAAAUGGUCCCCACUUAUGCAAUAAAAACAUGUGAUAUCCUUAUAUUUAUUUGUUACCCCUCCAUCCUAGUACA